CUGAGAGAGAGAGAGAGAGAGAGAGAGAGAGAGAGAGAGAGAGAAAAAAAAAUCUCCAUUAAAAAAAAAGGAAAAAAAGACAUUUUAUGUUUGAGCGCGCGUCUGUUCCGCACAGAGACGAUCUUUUUUAAUUUUUGGGGUUUUAAUCCGGCUCAUUUCUCCCCCCUCUGCGUUGGCGGAUGUGAGGCGCUGUCGGACCGAGCCUCGCGUGCCAAUCCCGCGGAGUUUCGACGGUCUCUCCGGCAGCAGUGUGCGUCAUCUCCAUCGCCGCCGAUCUGUUGUGUGUUUUUCCUCCCUCCGCCGAGGCAACAUGGCAACCCCCGCCGCGGUCAACCCGUCCGAGAUGGGCAGUGAGUUGCCGGGGACAGUAGGGAUGGCCGGAGCAGUCGGUGCUGGCCAGGUGAGGAUGGGAGGAGCCGUGCCAGGCCGUGGGGGCAAGAGGAGAUCAGGAGGGAUGGACUUUGAUGACGAAGACGGAGAGGGACCCAGCAAAUUUUCAAGGUAUGAUGAUGAUCAGAUUCCUGGUGAGGAUAAGGAGAGAUACGCCAGAGAGAACCACAGUGAGAUUGAGCGACGCCGACGCAACAAAAUGACCCAGUACAUCACUGAGCUGUCGGACAUGGUCCCCACCUGCAGCGCCCUCGCACGGAAACCCGACAAGCUGACCAUCCUGCGGAUGGCCGUCUCCCACAUGAAGUCCAUGAGGGGCACCGGCAACACAUCCACCGAUGGGGCCUACAAGCCGUCGUUUCUCACCGAACAGGAACUGAAGCAUCUGAUCCUGGAGGCGGCAGACGGCUUCCUGUUUGUGGUCGCCGCAGAGACAGGCAGGGUGAUCUACGUGUCGGACUCUGUGACCCCGGUGCUGAACCAUCCCCAGUCAGAGUGGUUCGGCAGCACUCUGUACGAGCAGGUGCACCCCGACGACGUGGACAAGCUGAGGGAACAGCUGAGCACCACAGAAAACUCCAUGACAGGACGGAUUCUGGACCUGAAGACGGGAACAGUGAAGAAGGAGGGACAGCAGUCCUCCAUGAGGAUGUGCAUGGGCUCCCGGCGCUCCUUCAUCUGCCGCAUGAGGUGCGGCAGUGCUCCUCUGGAUCACAUCUCCCUAAACCGCCUGUCCAACAUGAGGAAGAGAUACAGGAAUGGCCUUGGACCCUCAAAAGAAGGAGAAGCUCAGUACUCGGUGGUGCAUUGCACUGGCUACAUCAAAGCCUGGCCCCCAGCAGGUAUGACUAUACCAGAAGAAGACACAGAGGCAGGUCAGACCGGAAAGUACUGCCUAGUGGCCAUCGGAAGACUGCAGGUGACCAGCUCUCCAGUCUCCAUGGACAUGAACGGCCUGUCGGUGCCGACGGAGUUCCUGUCGCGUCACAACUCGGACGGUGUCAUCACCUUCGUUGACCCGCGCUGUAUCAACGUCAUCGGCUAUCAGCCUCAGGACCUGCUUGGAAAAGAUAUCUUGGAGUUCUGCCAUCCCGAGGACCAGAGUCACCUGAGAGAAAGUUUCCAACAGGUGGUGAAGUUGAAGGGACAAGUUCUGUCAGUGAUGUAUCGCUUCCGAAUGAAGAACAGGGAGUGGAUGUUGAUCCGAACAAGCAGCUUCACCUUCCAAAACCCAUACUCCGAUGAGAUCGAGUACAUCAUCUGCACCAACACCAACGUCAAGCAGCUCCAGCAACAGCAGCAGGCAGAGCUGGAGGUUCACCAGAGAGACGGACUGACGGCCUACGAUCUUUCUCAGGUGCCCGUGGCCGGCGUCAGCGGUGGAGUCCACGAGGCGGGGAAGAACAUAGACAAGACAGAGGCCCUGUUCUCCCAGGAGAGAGACCCACGCUUUGCUGAGAUGUACACUGGCAUAUCUGGCUCGGGAGAUAAGAAGAUGAUGGUUCCCUCCUCCACAGCCGGAGGACAGCAGCUCUACUCCCAGAGCUCUCCUUUCCAGCAGGGACACUCCGGCAAAAGCUUCAGUUCCUCUGUGAUCCAUGUCCCCAGUGUGAAUGACAUCCAGCCAUCAGGCUCGUCCAAUCAGAAUCUUGCUCAGAUUUCCAGGCAGCUCAAUCCAGGCCAGGUGGCGUGGUCAGGCAACCGACCCCCUUUCUCUGGACAGGCCAGUAAAGCCCAGUCCAGUCCAUUCGGUAUUGGUUCUGGCCACAGCUACCAGACUGACCCGGCCUCCUACAGUCCUCUGUCAUCACCAGCCACCUCCUCCCCCAGCGGCAACGCCUACUCAGGACUGACAAACCGCAGCACAGCUUUUGAUGUGUCGGGGGAGAGCAGUCAGAGCGGAGCCCAGUUCCAGGGUCGUCCCAGCGAGGUGUGGUCCCAGUGGCAGAACCAGCAUCACUCCCAGCAGGCCGGGGAGCAGCACACACACCCAAACCCCAGCCAGACAGAAGUGUUCCAGGACAUGUUACCCAUGGCUGGAGAUCCCACCCAGGGAACGGCCAACUACAACAUCGAGGAUUUCGCUGACCUCGGCAUGUUCCCACCCUUCUCCGAGUAACACCCCCCUUUCUCCUCCUCUCUCUCUCUCUCUCUCUCUCUACCCCCCCCCCCCCCCCCCCCAUUCAUCUCUAAUGUUCUGUCCCGUUUGUCCACGCUACCGGUCACAAGUUUAAGAGAACUUUUUUGGGGGGGGGGAAAUGUCCUCAGUUCAAGUCCAGUGAAGAAGCUCCAGUGGUACGAAGGUCAGCGACCUCAAAAAGAAAGUUCAGUUCACCAAACCAUGACGAACAUGUACGUUUACUCAGAGCGACUUACCAACCCUGUUAUCGUUAUCCUAAUUAUAAGGUACAGAUACUGUACUGCAGGAAAUAGCACCGUAUGCUAAAGAAAAAGACAGAGGUGUUGGUCAGAGCUUCAAAUCUCAACCUGAGAAGAACAGGAGCAGGCGGAGGCUUCACUGAGUCGAACCUCGCGGAGCUGCUUCGGUGGAACUAGGCUGAAGACGAAAAACAAACUACAGGUACAACACACGUGUUGGGACCAACUUUAGUUUUUGAUUUCCUUUUUAGCUGCUCGAGAUUAUGUUUAGUCGGAAAAUAUUCUUUGAUUAAUUCUUAAAAAAAAAAAUCAACGCAAGAAAAUAAAAACUUCACCAUUCGUGCUUAAAUCUCAAAAACACUUACCUGUACAUUUCAGUAACAACUGGUAAGAGAAAAAAAAUGGAGGCGUUGUCUAAAACUUCUGACUGUGGAUGCUGGAUCACCAACCGAUGUGCAGCACGGUGAAUGUCCGAGUGCACUUGUCAUUCACACACGCUCUUUUGCAGUAUGUAUCUGCGAAAAAAACACAUACUCAUCGCUGUAAUGAGGAACGUGAGCCUAUGAGCUCUUCGUCCGUCGCCGCGGUGAUGGACAUUAUCUCGAGCUCCUUUUAACGGGGCGCGUCAUGACUGUAAAGCUCUCUGCAGUCAGCACCAACAGGGGAGGUCAGACGAGAGAUCAGAGCCCGGAUGUGUGUGUGAAGACUCGACGAGUGAAGGUUCCACGUGACGUCAUUUCAGUCUGGUCCUCAUGUCCGCAGCCGUGACUGCACCAUCAUCAAAUAAGCAAAUAUGAGAUUUAAAAAAAACAGCACAACAUUUAUUUAAAAGUCAUUCUGUAGAAAUACAUUGGGUGAUUAUAUCAUCAUACAUGAACAUUGCUCCCGAGCUGCUGCACAACAUGAACUUUGAAUGCUGUGCGGAGGAAUUCAGGCUGGUUUCUGGACAAGUGAAAUAGUAAAUCUGCCCCGAAUAUUCAUUUAUUCGACUUGUUUCCCCCUCAACGUUAUCAAAUCAUUGUUUUAACUCGUGAGUCUUACCGGGAGCGCUGGCGAGCGGCCGACAUUGGCCGUCCACACGUCAUGGAACUCUAAAUAGACUGACGUGGUGUCACCGCGGCGAUUCAUCUCGACUUGCUGCAUCCGAGGAGAGGCUUCGUUCUGUGUUGUCGCUGGGCUGAGAUUGUGACCGAGGAGCUAACGGUGAAACGCCAAAAUAUGGCUGCCUGUUUGUUUGUGUUCGUAAAACACAUGGUCACCCAGUUCGGAACCUACUGCGGCAUGGUGGCUGCUCGGGUGUUAUUAGGGGAUUUGUUCAUUUAGAGUCCAGGAUAAGUGUACACACAGCUCAUGUGGGUCAGCUUUGGUUUCUUGAAUCUUUAUGAAUAUGCUGGGGGCCAGACAGGACGUCACUUACCUCACAGUACAACAGGACCAACCGUAGGUGAUCGGUUGCAUCCUCUGUUUUAAAACCUGCGGUGACUGUAGAGAGCGUCGGUCGACAAACACAAACCGAUGUACACGGGCAGAAGUAGAACGUCCGAGCGCUGACGGUGUUCACCUCCGUCUGCCUGGCGCAGCCUCUCGCACGCCAUCACUAACUCUGCCAAACGGCAGCGGCGGGUGGGGAGGAGACGCUGCAACAACACGUAGCGGUGUCUGGCAGUCUAGAGAAACAGCUGAUGUGAGUACAGAAGGACUCUGUGUGUAGGUAAAGAAUGACAUAAAUAAUUUCAAAGAGGACAAAAAAAACAGCUCAUUUUCAGACCGUUGCUAAGCUAAGGCUUAAAGUGCACUUCACAAAGCGAACUGCUAAUCUCACCAGCCUGCUUUAAAAAGGGAAAAAAACGCCAUACCGUCCAAGCAAAGCGCAGUAUUUACUCGUGUGUUUGAUGUUCUUCGGCCCUCGCUACUUGACUUAAUUACUUUAUAAUCUUUUCAACGGUUAAAGAGACUGAAUAAUACUUUCUAGUAGGGGGAGCUUUUACAUGAUAGAUUGUAUAAUGUCUCUGACAAGACGGAGGGAGAACCCGCGAACAGACGCCGAGUCCCUUUUUGCUAAAGAUCUCAAAAUUGAUGUUUUCCUUUUUUGUAAAUAAUGUGAUUUUUAUGUCUCGACUCGUGUUACUUUAACACAGUACACGCUCUUUCUUUGUGUAGGUUUUAAUGAUAUUGUGUGCAUUGUGACAACAUAUUUAACUAUUGGUAUUUAGUUAGUCUGUUCAUUGUACAUUGAGUUCUAGACCUGUACAAAUUGUGUAAAUGUGACCCAUUAUUUUUGUGUAACAAAUUGUGCUUGUGACAAUAAAUUCUUAUUGGUUA